GAGAACGACACGAUUGCUCAUAGCUCACUAGCGAGCAAUGAGUAUCAAGCUUGGAGCUCGAGAUAGAGCCCUUCCAUCUCCUUCUGGCUCCUCAAAUACCCCAUCCACUUCAUCUGAUAUGAUUCGCUCAUUAUUAUUCACUUCAAAAGAACGAAAAGUCCGUUCGACAUACACGGCUCCUCCACCAAAUCGACAACACUCGCCGGGAGUUGUAUCACAAUUGAUUAACAAGAUUGAGUUGAAAACGUCACCUACAAAUACAUCGUCAAGACCAAAAAAGAAGAAAAAGGCUCCACCACUUGCUAAGAUUGAUGAUCUUGAUUUGGUUGAUGAUGAGAAAACUAUCGUCUCGGAAGUUGUAAAAAGUCCAAGAAGGAAGAAAUAUACAGGAAAUCCAUUAGGAAAUUUGAAAAUUCUGAACAACAUUCUCCCUUCCUCCAAAGCUUCUGAUGAUAAGGAAAAUUCAGGAAGCCAGCAGCAACCAAGUACGGGGAAAAAGUUGAAGAAGAGCAGAAGUAAAAGUCGUGUGGAGCCGGAGUCUGAGGCACCAUUUCGAUUAAAACGGACUUUAACUGAUCUCACAAAUAAUCAUACACCUGCCGGAUCCACAUGGCGACAGAUGGUCUCAAAUGCGCUCGGUGGUCCACUUAAAAAACGGCUCAGCGAGGGGGCUCUCCUGUUUCCCGGCACCAGCAAAGCAUCAGAUGAUUGUAACGACGAAGAGGGGGAUAAUACUAAGACGACAACGAAGCGCAGAUUUUUACAACGACGGAAACAAAGCGAAAAAAGUGCAGGAGGCGCCAACGGAAAAGAGUCCGGUGGUGGUUCCGCCUCUUCAUCGUUUUUUGGAGCUCUUAUCAGAUUGUCCCACUCGGCUGCAAGUUUAACGUCUUUAACUUCACUUGGUGGUUCAAAAUCUCGGUCUGCAUCUCCAUCACCAUCAAGUUCUCGAUCUAAUACUAAAGAAUUCAAAGAGAAUCUGAGCCCACCUCAGCCACCACCACCGGAUCUCAUUGCACCAGCUGCAGCAUUAGCCAGACCAACUUUUUCCCUUGCGGCUCCUGAUUCCCCUGUUUCACUUGCUCCGCCAUCUAGGGAGCUCAGAAAAUCCAAAACGUGUCAAAUAACCACCGAUCGUCCACCUAUUAUUCCUAGUAUUACUAUAUCUGAAAGUCGAAGUUUGAACCGAAUCGAUAGGUGUCGGCCGGUCACUGUAGAUGGAAGUGGUCUAUCAUCUGAUUGCCGACCUCUUGUUUCACGAAGAAGCACAAUGAGCCGUACAAUGUCACUGAUUCCAACUAGUCCAUCGCUUCCGCCACUUUAUGAGGAAGAAACAGCAAGUACAGCGGCAAUGGUGGAAGAGGAGAGAGCGGAUCGAGCACAGAAGCGCAGAAUGCGAAGGUACGGCGGAUCAAAUACAACAAGUACUUAUCAAGGAAGGAAAGAUGUUGCACCGGAUGCUUCGCCGAGAAGACAUCUUAUUGGAUUUCUACAUAGGACGUCACAUCUAUCCUUAACCUCUGAACUUAGUGCAGAUGCAUCGUUUUAUUUGAUCGGGCACCGACGACAUCUCGAAGAAUCAACAAUUGGCUCCGAAUCCGAUGCAAGAGUAUUUUCAGAUGAUGAUGAUAGAGGCUCUACAACAACCGAUUUCACAUCAGUAUCCCGACAACAUGAAAAAAUGGCAAAGAAAAAGAAGAAUAAAAGAAAUUUCCGAAAACCCUCUAGAGCAUCUUCGUUUUCAAGUAUCACAGAGUCCUCUAUGAGCCUUGAUGUAAUAACAGUGAACCUCAAUAUGGAUACAGUCAAUUUCCUUGGCAUUUCAAUUGUUGGUCAAACUUCUAAUUGUGGUGAUAAUGGAAUCUACGUAGCAAAUAUCAUGAAGGGAGGUGCAGUGGCAUUGGAUGGAAGAAUUGAAGCUGGUGAUAUGAUUUUACAAGUCAAUGAGACCAGCUUUGAGAAUUUCACUAACGAUCAAGCUGUUGAUGUGUUACGAGAAGCUGUUAGCCGUCGUGGCCCCAUCAAAUUAACUGUGGCGAAAAGUUUUGAAAAUGGGCAAAGUUGUUUCACAAUACCAAGGAAUAGCAGAGAAGAGCCUGUGAGACCAAUCGAUACUCAAGCAUGGAUCCAGCAUACGAAUGCAAUGAGAGGAAUGCCAAGUAUAGUUGAAGAAAGUGCACCGACACCAAUUCCUGGUGAAUGGCCUCAUGGUCGACCGCCAAGCAGCUCAACGGUGACCUCAAACGGAUCAAAUGGUCAAAAUACAGUAGUCGGCGGCGGAGCUCAUAUUAUUCUUGAUAUACACACUGACAAAAAGAAGGUUGUCGAAAUAAUGGCUAUGCCUGGCUCUGGUCUUGAUAUCAAAAAUCGAACAUGGCUCAAAAUUCCGAUUCCCAUGUCGUUCUUGGGAUCUGAUCUGGUCGAAUGGCUUUUGGAUCAUGUUGAAGGGCUUCGAGAACGGAAGACAGCACGAAACUUUGCGGCGGAUUUACUGAAAUUAAAGUAUAUUGCACAUGUGGUGAACAAGGUCACAUUCACUGAGCAGUGCUAUUAUGUCCUUGGAGAUGAGUGUUCAGACUAUGCCCGAUUCCGAAAUGAAGAUGGUGGACCCAAAUACCAAUGGACCAUCGGAAUGAACGGAAUGUCUGCUGGCAACGGAAGCUCUGUGAUGCUCCCACCCCCACAUUUACCUGGAGGUAUGGCUGGCCCUCCUGGAGCUUUUAAAGGGAUGGCUCCGUCAAUGGUAAGCGACGGCGAAUCGCGCAUGUAUGUAAUGCACAUUUAGAAUGUCAUCAUUUUUCUUCAUGUUUAUGUUUCAUUAUGUCUGGUAAUCAAUGCCAAAAUGGCAUAAUUCAAAAUAGUUUCUCUCACAGUACACCAUGUACCCGGUAUUACAAUAAGUUCUAAUUUAAUAUUUUGUAACUUCUAAGUCUCCAAUCAUGAAUCAAAAUUUCAUAUGUUCCCGGUGAUUGUAAUUUUGGAUGUUUUUCCUUUAUUUGAUUAUUCUAUUUUUGAAUCUGUCCGUCGAUUUUUUGUUGCAUUUCCUUCUCAAAUUCACACGAAUUGCGAUCUUCUUCACGAGUUCCCCACAUCCUUGUCUGAAAUAGAUGCACCCUAUACUAAGAAAAAAAACGUCUUGUUUUCUAUUGCAUUUGCCCUAAAAUUAUUGUUUAUAUUCGAUAUCAUUGUUAUUUUCUCGCCCCCUCAUUUCUCAGUAGCAUGUAAAUGUAUCAGUCCAAUGUUGCCACCCACAAGAAUGACAGAAUAAUAAAUAAUAUUCUGAAUC